ACCUGUACGUCCGGCAUCCAACAGCACACCACAGCACAGGGUUCAGCUGCUACUGCUAGCUAGCUCGAUCGAGAGAGAGGCAGAGAGCCUAAUAUAACGGGGAUAUAUAAAAGGCACGGCACCACCUCGAGUUGCAGAGGGCGACGUUGAAGAAAGAAACCUCUCCGUCCACACAAGUUAAUACUGCUAAGCGAUCGAGAAGCCAGUUGGGUUGUGCCAGGCGAUCCAUAGAUAGAGCUAGCAGCAAUGGCGACCUCCCUCCCGGCCGCGCCCCUCCUCGCCCAUACCAUUACCAGGUGCUCCUACCUCGGCUUCAUCCAUUCCAUUCCAUCCAUCUCCAGCGUGCGCGCCGGCCUCUCAAUGCCCAAUUAUUCCGUACGCAGCCUCCGGCAUAGUGGCGCCGCCGCACGAGCUCCUAAUCCUCGGUCCGUUGCCACGGCGAGGCCCGCGGGCGCCAGGAGGAGCUCGCUCCGCACCGUCGCCGUCAGCAGGUACGGUGUCGACGAGGCGUUGCGCCCCGAGGCGGAGGCGGCGGCGGCGGUGCCGCGCUCCGUGCCGGUGCGCGUCGCCUACGAGCUCCAUCAGGCCGGCCACCGGUACCUCGACGUCAGAACCGAGGCCGAGUUCAGCGCUGGGCAUCCCGAAGGAGCUGUAAAUAUCCCCUACAUGAACAAGACCGGCUCAGGGAUGACCAAAAACACCCACUUUCUUGAGCAAGUAUCGAGCAUCUUCGGCAAGGAUGAUGAGAUCAUCGUUGGAUGCCAAAGUGGCAAGAGGUCUCUCAUGGCAGCAACUGAACUCUGCUCUGCUGGUUUCACUGCUGUGACCGGCAUCGCUGGUGGAUUUUCUUCUUGGAGGGAUAAUGGAUUGCCUAUCACCCAAUGAUCCGAGCUUGCCAGCAAUUUAUAUCUUACUGAAGCCCAACAUCAUGUCAAGGCGGCCAAGCUCAAGGAUUGUACUAGUGUACAUAAUGUUCUUCUCGGCUUUCAAAAUAACAGCACUGAAUAAAUGGAGCCUGCUAAGCAGCAGAAUAGUAGCAGAACAGAUUGGGGUUUGUGUACUCCUUUCGAAUUUCGAUGAUGCAUUUCGAAUAAAUGUAAAUGGCCAUACCUGAGCAGUAUUGUGUUGCAGAAUCACAGAACUAAAACAAGUUCAUCAUAUUCAUCUCUUUUGCACCUGAUA